CGCCAAGACUUUUUGUACUUUUUCCAAAAAUCACUUAACUUACUCUUCUUCUGCCAGAAAAAAAAUACCUCCGAUCUCCAUCUGAUCCCCCGCGCCCUGACGGACUUCUCGAGCUGCCUGCAAGUCGAUCGCAACCAUGGCGACCCUUGCGGAGAAGCUCGAAAAGAUCAAGUCGCCCAAGCUGCAGAACCAGCAACAUACUGCCGUGGUGCUCUCCGCAGUCGAGGAUACUCUCCGCGAUCAGAAAACAGAUUUUUCGCCCACCGCCUACUUCGCAGCGCUGCUGGCUCUGCUCACACAGUCUCUCUCGAGCUCGCAAGGAAUUAUCAAUAAGGACCUGGCAACUUCUGUGGUGUACUUGCUCGACUUGACCGCCGACUAUGUCCCCGCACCUCUCCUCCGCUCCAAGUUUGCGCAGAUUCUUACCAACCUUGCGCCAGCGCUGACGCUGCCGGAUGUCGAAGCUCCGCUGUUGAGACCGUCGAUCGGGGUUCUCGAGUCGCUAUUGAUCGCGCAAGAUGCGGCCGCCUGGAAUCUGCCGCUGACGCAGAUUGGACCGCGACGGGCCAUGGCUGGAUUGCUGAACCUGGCUAUUGACCACCGUCCGAAGGUGCGCAAGCGCGCUCAGGAUGCCCUGACAAAGGUUCUGAAGACGCCGCCCCCGAGUCCGUCCCUGGAUCACCCGGCUGCGGACAUGUGCGCGGAAACUGCUCUCAGGACUUUGAGUGAUAAUGCCACUGCUGCUGCAAAGGCGAAGAAGGGCCGCUAUGGACAGAACAAGGACAACCACGAACCUGCGAUUAUUCAUUCUCUGCAGCUGGUCAAGACGAUCGCAUCCGCAUCGGGUGGCUGGCCCAGCAAGAAGAUUGAGCCACUGUGCGAGCUGCUCAUGAACGUCUCCCGAUCUAGCAAUGAAUUUCUUACUAUGGGCGCUUUCGAAGUCUUUGAGGUCAUCUUCGAAGGAAUGGCGGAUGACUUCUCUUCAUCGAAGCUGCCGCGUCUCUUGGAGGCCAUAUCAGAACUUAAGCCAGCGCAGAACGAUUCGCAACUACUUCCCCCAUGGAUUGCGGUCCUGUCCAGAGGUUACGACGUGGCUGCACAGCUCGAUGCUGACGAGACGUUUGCAAAGCUCCCAGAGUUGUUCGACCUUGUUUCCGCUUUCCUCGCAUCUCCUUCCCGCAACAUUAGGAUCUCUGCGUCGGAAUGUCUUAUCUCAUUCCUGGCCAAUUGUGUGCCUGACAGCGUGAUCCUGGAGCCAUCCGUCUAUGACGAAAAGACCCUUGAGAAGCUGGCCAAAUCUGCUACUGAUCUUCUGUCGUUGAAGUACCAGGCCGCCUGGGCUGAGGUCUUCAACGUCUGCUCGGCCAUGUUCGACGCUUUUAAAUGGAGGUCUUCUCCUCUGCUCACCGAUAUCGUCAAGACGAUUGGAGAAUUGCGAGGGAACGAAUCUUUCCACGGAAAGAAGCAGGCUGAUCAGGUGCUGGGAAGAGCCAUAUACGCAAUGGGUCCUCAGGCUGUUCUGGAAGUUCUGCCUCUGAAUAUCACCCAGCAGAAGUCUGGUCAGCCAGGCCGUGUUUGGCUUCUUCCAAUCCUCAGAGACCAUGUCUCCAACACGAACCUCGCUCAUUUCCGUUCGGAAUUUGUUCCUCUCAGUGAGGCACUUUACCAGAGGAUUCUGGACUACGGGGCAGCGGAGAAGUCGGUCGAAGUCAAAAUCUUCGAGACGCUUGUACAGCAGACCUGGGCUAUCCUGCCUGGAUAUUGCGAACUGCCUCUGGACCUGGUGGAGUCAUUUGAUCAGACUUUUGCCGAGCUGCUUUCCAACGUGCUGUACCAGCAGACGGAGCUGCGCGUCGAUGUCUGCAAGGCUUUGCAGAACCUUGUCGAAUCAAACCAGGCUAUCCUGUCUUUGGAUACCGAAGGAGACGAUUUGAUCCUCCAGAGGAGAAUCUCAAAGGAAGCGGCAAAGAAGAACAUUGCCCACUUAGCAACUUUCGCAAACAACUUGCUUGCGGUUCUCUUCAACGUGUACAGUCAGACUUUGCCACACUACAGAGGCUACAUCUUGCAAUGUAUCAAUGCUUACCUGAGCAUUACGCCCGAGCAGGAACUCAACGAGACUUUCACUCGUGUCACCUCGAUGCUUGAAUCUUCUCUUCCCGCAGAGCAGGAGGCAGCCAAGCAGGGUAACCAGGGAGGAUCUGGUGAUAAGAUGCCCCCUACUUCUCACACCCUGAUCGAUCUUAUUAUCGCGAUGUCGAUCUACCUCCCGCGUUCAAGCUUCCAGAGCCUGUUCGCUCUAGCGGCCGUCAUUCUCAACAACCAGUCGUCGGAUCCACAGUUGAUCAAGAAGGCUUAUAAAUUGAUCCCACGUCUGGCAUCCACGGAGACAGGAGCAACUGCACUCCGUGAAAGAAGCUCAGAGCUGCAAUCUCUUAUCCUCACCACCGCGGACAAGACGCCUUCUCCAGCACGCAGGGACCGUCUUCUUGCAAUCCACGAGCUCGUCUCUCAUCUCCCAACUUCUGAUCUGCACUUUAUCCCAUCUGUGCUCUCCGAGGUUGUUCUUGGCUGCAAGGAAAGCAAUGAGAAAGCCAGAGUCGCGUCCUUUGACCUCUUGAUACACCUUGCGAAGAGAAUGAUUGACCCAGAGCGUAACCCGCCUGGUACCAAGAUUCGCAACUCUCUGGUGCCUCAUAUGCCUGACGACGCCCCAGAUGCUCCGGCAACGAUUGAGGAGUUCUUCACCAUGGUCUCAGCUGGUCUGGCUGGUAGCUCUCCACACAUGGUUGCGGCAUCUGUCACGGCGCUUUCGCGCCUAUUUUUCGAUUUCCACACCGCGCUCCCACCACAGGUCCAGACGGAUCUCGUGCAGACUGUCGAUCUCUUCCUGACGAGCAACAACCGUGAAAUCGUCAGGUCUGUUCUGGGUUUCGUGAAGGUUGUUGUCGUUGUCCUGCCUGACGACAUGCUCCGCCCCCGUCUUGACUCCCUAGUUCCAAACCUCAUGGUGUGGAGCAAGGAGCACAACGGUCGUAUGAGAGUCAAGGUCAAGGGUAUCAUCGACCGCUUAGUCCGCAGAUUCGGUGCGCCACUGAUGGAGGUACUGGUCGGUGAAUCUGAUCGCAAACUUGUAGUCAACAUCAGAAAAGAACGGGAGAGGCGGAAGAGAAAGAAGAAUGCGGCUGACGACGCCGGUGAGGACGAAGGCGAAGAAGGCAACGGCGGCAGAGUCUUCAACAACGCCUUCGACAAAGCCGUGUACGGAUCCGAUCUGUCCGAUGAAUCAGAUCUCGACGAUGAUGCAAGCCAGAUCGACGUCGACGAGGAAGGGCACACGCGAGCGAAGCGCUCCGGCAAAGGCAAGGGCGGUAAGCAGGGAGAGCAGUAUAUCCGCGAGCUAUCUCCCGAGGAUAAUCCUCUCGAUCUGCUUGCUCCCGGCGCCCUUGCCCAUAUCUCAACCACGAAACCCAGCGUCCGCUUCCUCAACGCCGGCCCCGGUUCCAAGAAGAAGCGAGCCGCGAAGGUCGAUGAGGACGGCAAGCUUAUCUUUGGUGACAACGGCGACGACCUCGACAUGGAGAUGAGCGGUGGCGCCGACGGCGGUGCAGAGGGAGAAAGCGGUAUCAACGCCUAUCUCGCAGCAGUCAGCGGACCAGACGCCAUCCGUCGUGGCCAGAAGGGUCGACUGAAGAUGUCCCAACGGAAGCCCAAGGAUGACGAGAUGGAAUUGGACGACGACGAUGAUAACGACGCCGGCACCAUCUCCAAGGAAGGAUUCCGCGCCGCCAAAGGAUCCAACCCGAACGGUCGUCGUGGUCUAGGAAUACCCAAACAGCACGGCACUCCCAGUGGCAGAAUAGAAAAGCGAAGAAAUGGACCAAACAGAAGUGGAAAGGGAGCCAUCCGGGGGGGUGGAAGGAGGAGAUGAAAGAUGAUCCUGAGAUUUUAUUAACGAGCCAGAAAUUUCUUAGUUAGAUACUCCUGGAGCGGCCUUUUUUUUUCUCUUUUCCCUCAUCAUGUCUUUCUUAUUUAUUUAUGUAUUAGGGUUCUGUUAAGGAUGAUGGUACGAUUCUCACCAUAUCCCACUGAAUAUAUUGUUGGGAGUUAGGUAUAUAAAAAAAAAUUCCUUUUCUUUUCUUUUCUUUUUUUUUUUUUCCAAAAAUGCAAUGAAUGAAACUCCAAUUCUCCCUUUGGAGGGGAAAGAACAAAAAAAAAAUAAACAUAGAUAAACGAAGAAAUUAAGUCUGAUUCGUCGUCCGCCUUGUUUUUUAUAUAUGAUAUGUCUUAUUCUCUUUUCUCGUCAGUCUACGAAUCUGGUAUUCUCUCAGAUACCCUUCCAUUUUUUUUUUUCACGAAGCAUAUAUAGGACGAGGAUAAGAUUAGUA